AAGUUAGUUGACGUCCCAUUAAGUGAAAUGCGUGGUCCGCCUUCAAGAACUGUUGUGACAUCUCGACUUUCCGAAGAAGUCUAUAUAAUAAAAAAACGCGUUGGAAAUCCUACAAGAUGACCAAACAUCUGUCAUUGAUCGUGCUUUUGAUGUGCUGCAUUGUGUUUCGCAUUUACGUCGACGCCUGGAACAAUCGCGGCAGGCACAGAAUUGCAGAUAGACGACGAUUGUGGCAAAUUAAUGAUAACGGAUCUGAUUUCUUUUCCACCGCAGGAAAACGUAAUUGGGAAUCAUCAAAAUUUCCAAACAAUAAUCGCACUCAAGUUGCCAGGGAGAAAAGACUCUUUUCGCUGUUCACGCUGGUGAAGUUCGACAACAGUAUCUGCGGCGGAUUGAAUGGAGAAAACGGCACGUGUGUUGCAGCGGCGGAAUGCGCGCAGCGCGGAGGGAUUUCCAGCGGCGUUUGUGCAAAUGGUUACGGGGUCUGUUGUAUAGUCACGGUGUCCUGCGGCGGGAUGAUCGCCGAUAACAAUACACACUUUGUCAAUCCAAAUUAUCCGUCCUCCUUCGACGGUAUGGAAUCGUGUCAAGUGACGCUGAUGAAAUCGGAUCCAGAUGUAUGCCAGUAUCGAUUAGACUUUGUACAAUUUAAUAUCAGGGGCCCAGAAACAACGAAUAACGUUUGCGUUUAUGACCAAUUUAUCGUUUCCGGUGGCAAUCCGGUGCCGACGAUAUGUGGUAACAAUGACGGAAAUCACAUGUACAUAGACACGGGAGUCGGGCAAACCAAUCCAGUUACUUUGACCUUCGUUACGAGCGGCAACUCUUAUCCACGAUCGUGGAAGGUUCGAGUCUCGCAGAUACGAUGCAGUACGAUAUAUCGAGCCGAAGAGGGCUGCCUUCAAUAUUUCACCGGAGUCUCCGGCCAAAUAAAGUCUUUCAAUUACGAUCCCACAAUUGGGCUACAAUUGUCGAAUCAAGAUUACAGUAUAUGCAUCAGAAUGGAGAGAAACUUUUGCGGAAUCCAGUACAUGGCGUGUCCUGAUGAUGCUCAAGGAAUGAUGAUACCUACCACAUUAGGUGCAGCGGGUCAAAUAAUGCGUAGCAACGCAUUCACACUAACGGGAAAUACGCAGGCUACGCAAAUUGUGUCAAUGACAGGAACGUCCUGUAUGACCGAUUGGCUAUCGAUACCGUGCGCCACAAACCUAGGUCGAUUACCCUCAACGCUGCUAACGUGCGUCGAUCGAUUGUGCGGAGGUACUUUUAAUUCGGAAACCCAGAACUUAAAUGGAUCAUCUGUUAUUAGCACCGUAAAGCCGUUCAGAUUAAUUUUUCACACAGACAGCACCGAGGCACCUGCCGAUGUCGGAAAUAGAGGCUUCUGUCUUACUUAUGUGCAACAACCAUGCACGACGAAAUUAAGAUAAGGCCAUUAAAUAUUAAUUAAAAAAUUAAAACGUAAGUUUACGUAAUUUCAAUUUUUAUUUCGAAAUUUUUAACACACAUAUUUUUUGUAACCAUGUCGAGAUGUAUGAAGGAGUUUGCAUAAAAAGCAACUUGGUAACUUAGUUUUAUAUAAAUGUGCCGUCGCGUAUAAAUCAAGAAAUAUGCGUAUCUUUCUCUCAACAUGUGCGCGAAUAUACUUUUUAUAUUCAUAUAUAUUCGCUUACAUUUCUGCGCACGUUAAAAAGAACAAGUCUGAGAAGAGAAACGCAUCUUUCUAAAUUUUUAGUAGCUAUAAUAUUGUGUACUUAUAUGUAAAAUCGAUGAAGUACAAUAGUCGAUAAAAUAUUACGAACUAUAAAAACGGGACGGUAAAGAUCGUCGUCGUAAAAAUUAUCGUGCUACUGUAAUCAAUCGAUCAAUUAUAAUUAGAAUAAUAAUGGUAGAAUAUUACAAUUACAACAUUUAUAAUAUUCACAAACAUUGCAUCUCGUUAACGUCCGCUGAUUGGUAGACUGGUUAAAGAGAGGGAGAGGAGGGGGAGUAUGAUCUAACUUUUAAAUCAACGCGCUACAGAUGUGUAGAUGCAUUUAUACAUUUAAUAAAAUUGGAGAUACCUUUCUCCGUCUUAUUCUUAUAUUAGAAAGCAUAAAAACUUCGGUAAUGCUUAUAGAAAACGCACGCCUACGCAUGCACGUACGUAUGUGUGUGUAUAUAUAUGUAUAUAUUAUGUAUACAUAUAUAUGUAAUAUACGCUGUAUACAAGUUGCAUCCCCUCAAGUUCAAAAAUGUUGGAUAAGAGACAAUAACAAGAAAUAUCAGAGUAAUCAUGUAAUAAUGAGAUGUGAGUAUUUAUGUUUGUAGUUAAUAUUGAAGAAAUAAUUUUUAAUAAAAAAUUAAAAGUAGAAUAAUUAAAA